AUGACAUCUGACUCUGCACAGGAAAUUGCAGAUAAAAUAGACUCCUUAGAAGAGCAGGUAACGCAGGGUUCGUUUGUACCCCAUGGUCAGCAAGACAUACUGAACACUGCCAUUGGCCGACCUGACCAUGAGGGUCGCGUUCGGGCAGCAGGCUCAGGUGUCACUAUUACUCAGUACUACGGAAGGGCAUCAAGGACAUGUAGCAGCUCGUCCACGUCCAUCAGCCAACAACAACUAGAUGAAGUUGUUGCAAGGCUUAGGGAAGACAUGACUGGCCAGAUUAGGGAAGAAUUGAGGACUCAAAUUAAGGAAGAAUUGAGGACUCAGCUAGAAGAGGAAAAUAGAAGGAGCUUGGAAAUAAUGACCAAUGCAUUGAAAGAGGCUAUUAAAAAAGAGUUGUCAAAUAAAGGAUCCCAAGAGGCACUCCAAAUUCAGCCGGACAUACAACAACUAGGUGCGCGUGUCAGCACACAGGGAAGUAAUGCUGUUACCAAUGCGCAGGCUUCACAAGAACAUGAUGCUGAUGCCAUACCAUUGAUGGGACUGUUUGUGCAGCGUAACGAUGGUACACAAAGGUUGGUGGCCAUGGGGAAAAUAAUGGAGGGGGAUUCAAUCAUACACACAGUGGCAUAUGCAGAUGAUGUUGUCAGGGUAAGUGUAGAAACAGUUAUUGAUCCUGAGGCUGAGGUCCCCUAUGCCACCUCAGAAAUACAAUAUGUGAAGCAGGCCGUCAAUACAUUUGUAGCUUGGCCCACACACCUUGUGAAAGCUGUAUUAGAUGAGCAUCCACAACGUAUUCCACACAACGAGGAUGCACAUGUGCCGAAGCCGGCUAAUGUGGACGCAGAUGAUCCGUUGCGUGAAUUGAUGAAGUACAGUUUUGAUCUUUACGACAAGCCACUUCAAAUCAGCUUUGAUGGGAGCUUUCUUGGAAUUGUAGAUGCAUCUACAUCGAUAUUCAUCACAUAUUCAGAUGUUAUUGAAAUAAUAGCAGGAGACAAAAGUCUGAACAUAUCUGUCAUACAAUUAUGGUUAAUGUAUAUACAUGAGUGGAGUCAGAUAUUCAGUCAAGGUUUCAUGUAUGCAUUCCUUGAGCCACAGUCGUUGGUUUGUUCAAAGGAUAGACGCAACGAAUGCGAACAAUAUCUUGAAAGAUGGCUUAAGGAAUCUGACCGAGAGGUGUACAUUGGACCUUACUUCCAUCAGUAA